AGCAUCCCGCCGCCGGUCUCCCAGGGUAAAUGGAAAAACAAGGAGCGAGUGCUUAUUUUCUCUUCUCGUGGAAUUAAUUUCAGAACAAGGCACCUAAUGCAAGACUUAAGAACAUUGAUGCCUCACUCUAAAGCAGAUACUAAAAUGGACCGUAAAGACCAGUUGUUUGUAAUUAAUGAGGUGUGUGAAAUGAAAAACUGCAAUAAGUGCAUCUUUUUUGAAGCCAAAAAGAAACAGGAUCUCUAUAUGUGGCUUUCAAAUACACCGCAGGGACCAUCAGCUAAAUUCUUAGUGCAGAACGUUCACACACUGGCUGAAUUGAAGAUGACAGGAAACUGCCUAAGGGGCUCACGGCCCCUUUUGUCUUUUGAUCCAACAUUUGACAAGGAGCCACACUAUGCCCUGCUGAAAGAAUUGUUUAUUCAGAUAUUUAGUACACCACAGUAUCACCCCAAAAGCCAGCCUUUUGUAGAUCAUGUUUUCACCUUCACCAUUACAGACGAGAGGAUCUGGUUUCGGAAUUACCAGAUAAUAGAGGAAGAUGCAUCUCUAGUAGAAAUUGGGCCUCGUUUUGUCCUGAACCUCAUAAAAAUCUUCCAAGGUAGCUUUGGAGGACCAACUCUGUAUGAAAAUCCGCAUUACCGGUCCCCAAAUAUGCAUCGACGGCUGAUAAGAUUGUCAGUGGCAGCUAAGUUUAGAGAGAAACAGCAAGUGAAGGAAGUACAAAAGAUUAAGAAAAAAGGGAGUAAGGUGCUUAUUGAAGAAGAUCCCACUGAAGUGGUCUUUGAAACUCCAGCUGAAGAAAAGCCAGUAGAAAUACAGCUCGUGAAACCAGAGUCAAAGCCAAUUGUUAAAGAUAAAAAGAAGCCACGCAAAAUUCAGAGGAAGAAGCAAAAAAAGCUUUUCAGAACCGAAGCAUCAGCAUAAAUGUUACAAGUGAUGAAACUAGCUAUAUUGACAUAAUAUUGUAAAUACUUGUUUUUACGGGCAAAACUAACUGGACUUCAGUUUUGAGUAAACAAAAUACCAAUUUCUUUAUUAGGAUUGAGUUUGCACUCUUCUAUUGUCUUCUUCUCUUUGAGAGGAUUCUGGGUUUUGAAAAACAACAUGGCAACAGGGAAAGGGGAAUAAGACACUCCAAAUAUUUCUGCUUUUGAGAAUUGGCCUCUGAGACUUGAAUAUCUCUGGGAGACAACUCACUGUAACAUGUACAAGGAAUAAAAAUAACUGGGUGGU